CAACAACAACUAAGGCGUGGAAGACGCCUCGGAAAGUGACGAGAUGAGGGCGCACACCCCUCAGCAGGGGAAUGAUGCCUCUCGUCGGAGAAGCUCUAUUACGAGCGCCCACAGAACGAGUAUGGGCAGCAGUAUUCCGAGAGUACAAUCUAGGAUUGCUGCUGGACGCGCUGCUUCCAGCAAUCAGCCUACCUUCGACUUCCUUACAGGUGCGGAACUGAGACCUGGGUCGCGCGGUGAACCUUUUCGACAAUCUGCACGAGUAGUUUCUGGAGGCAACAAGGAUCUCCCUCUGUUUGAGACCGAAACCGAGAGGGAAAAGCGGCAUAAGGAGUUAGAGGAGCUGAAGGCGGAGGUCAAGACGUUGAAAUACACAAUUGACAAUCACAAACAAGAAGAGGAGCUUUCCAAGCUUAGACAAGAGAGUGAGCUUCGAGAUGUACGACGAAAAGCAGAGGAAGAUUUUAAGAAAAUGCAAGCGGCGGAUUCGGAGAAGGCAAAAGCAGUCAGGCAGCAUGAAUUGUUGCUGAAGGAAGUCACCGAGGUCCGGGACGCUGCUAGUAACGAGAAAGCUGCUUUGGAGCGGCGUUUGCACGAAAUCGAAGACGGCAAACGGCUCUUGGAAGAAGAAAUCGAAGAUGUCAGGUCAGAAAAAGAAGAGACCUUACGAACCAUUGAGAGGAAAAUCGCCGAGAUUGAGUCGAGAAACGAGACUUUGCAACGAACAGUCGAGGAGUUGCAACAAGACUCAGACCGAAGAGAGGCGCUACUCCAAGAUGCACAACAACAGCUAUCAGAGAAAGAGAAUGCAUAUGGCUCGUUGGAAGCAGAAAAUAUACGAUUAAAGGCACAGACCGGAGAUGCAGACACCUUGGCAAUCAUCAAGAGGGAGCUAAGUGAGCAAGUCACUCAUAUCCGAAAGCUUGAGGUCAACAAUCGAGAGCAAGCCGCAGAACUGAAGCACUUCAAGCGACUACACAAGGCCGUUGAAGUAGUCGAAGAAGAGAAGCGGACACUGCAAAGAAAGCUUGAUGCUGUCGAAGGUCUCGAGAACGAGCUUGGUGAAGCGCGAAUCCAAAGACAAAGAUUGGAGGACGAACAGCUGGCUUGGACUGGGUUUCUUGAGAGCCAGGCUGGUUCUGAUGGCCAACUCGAGUUCGAUUCGCCCGAAGCUAUUGCGCGAGCUCUUGUCGCAGAGAGGUUACAGACUGCUUCAUUAGUCGAGAGAGUUGGAGCUAUUGAAGCUGAGCUGUCUACGAAGGAUAGCACCAUCCAGAGUCUUGAGGAAGAGAAAUCAAAAUUCAGCGAGCAGCUCGAGAAGGUGAAGUCGACCAAUGGUACAGUUACCAAUAGCAAGACGCAUAUGCGUCUUGAGCGACAGAAAGCUCUAGCUAUCAAGGAAGCAGAGUACCUUCGUGCGCAACUGAAGACCUACGAUACAGAAGACACAACAUUCCAACCAGAGACCGUUGAUGAAGCUAAGAUCAAGCGAAUUCAGGAGCUUGAGGACAUGGUAGAACAGUACCGUGGAGAAGUCCAAACCCUUAAUACUGAGCUCUCAACUCGGGAGCCCUUGCCACUCGCACCUCAGUCUCCUGCCAAACGUCCUCACGACGACUCGGAAGACAACGAACGUGUAGGCCAGCUCUUACGAAAGAAACGUAAGCUUGAAGACGAGUUUUCCACUCUUCAAAACUCAACCAAGCUGCUCCAGAAAGAGCUCUCUGUCACCAAAGAACGUUUGACCGCUGCAUCACAACAAUCCAAAACUCGCAUUCUCUCACUUCGCUCGAAUCCAACCUCGGAUUUCGAAGCCAUCAAACUCUCUACCUUGAAUGCCCUGCGCCAAGAAAAUGCCGAUCUUCUCGCUCGCCUCCUAUCCCCCGAUGCAAACAUCGAAUCCGUGCCCCUUUCAACCCUAAAGGCCUCGCAACGCGACGUCGACGACGCUAAAGCUGCCUUGGCCUCCGAGAAGAAGCGAAAUGACCGUCUGAUGAAGGUCUGGGGAGCAAAAUCCACUGAGUUCCGCAACCUAGUCAUAUCCCUCCUCGGCUGGGACGUCGUAUUCAUGAAAGACGGCAAGAUGCGCGUAACAAGCUUCUUCUACCCCAGCAAAGGCGACGAUGAGAAUAGCAUCGUCUUUGACGGCGAAAAGGGGACGAUGAAGAUCAGCGGUGGCCCCGAAAGCGCGUUUGCGGUCAAGAUUAGCGAUCAGAUUAAGUUCUGGGUCAAGGAGAGAGGAUGUAUUCCUGGGUUCCUGGCGGCGUUGACGUUGGAGUUCUGGGAGGAGGCGAAUAAUGAUGGGACUUUGAGGGUUGACUAGCCUUGGUCAUAUGGGGCCUAUUUGAGUAUGAAGAGAUGAGGAUGUGACACAGGGUUGCUAUGUAUAUUGCUUGUACUUGCUAAUGACUGCAUUCGCAUGGCGUUUGGCGGAAUUUGGGGCGGUGGAUAUUUUGAAGCACAGUAAUCACUAGCUCACCAUUGCUAAGCUGAGCAAAUGAAAAGAUCUCAUAU